AUGCUGCAAAACUCCAAAUCCUUAUUACUUAAUGUGAGAGUUGGGCUAUUUAACCAAACUAUUUCGGCAGGACUGAAGUAUUUUGCUCCACCUGUUAAAUAUGAGGAUUUUAAACAGGUGGAAAGGCCGAAGUUACGUAUUAUGGAAAGGGUGCCGCAGUACCCACCUAACCUGAGGCCUCCUAAGAUGCAAAAAAAAUUACGGUUUAUGCGUGGUCCUGAACUUGUUCAUAAUACUCUUCUUCAUAAACAGUAUGGAAUAAUUGCAACUGGAGGAGGACGCUUGCGUUGGGGGCAUUUUGAAAUGAUGCGUCUAACAAUCGGUCGCAAAAUGGAUGUAAACAGAAUGUUUGCCAUAUGGAGGGUUCCGGCACCAUGGCAGCCGGUCACUAAAAAAGGCCAAGGGCAACGUAUGGGCGGAGGAAAAGGUGCAAUUGAUCAUUAUGUUACACCAGUGAAAGCUGGUAGAGUAAUUUUGGAAAUAUCGGGUAAAUGUGAAUUUGCUGAAGUGAAGCCGUUCCUUGAAUUAGUAGCCAACAUACUGCCAUUCAAGGCUGAAGUUGUAUCACAAGAUAUUAUCGAUGAACGCGAAAGAACAGAGUCGAUAUUGGAAAAAGAUAAUAUGAAUCCAUUCACAAUGAAAUAUGUAAUACAAAACAAUCUAAAUGGGUGUCAUCGUUGGCUGUCACCUGUAGAUCAUAAGUGGUUCGGAAAAUAUAUAUAA